AUGGAAUCGUGGCAGCCGGAUAAGAGAAUAUCAACACCUCCGCAUGUCUUGACCAUCGCAGGAAGUGAUUCGGGAGGAGGAGCUGGUAUACAGGCCGAUCUGAAGACGUUCGAAGCUUGGAAGUGCUAUGGCUCCUCCGUUCUCACCGGUCUUACAGCCCAAAAUACCACGGGGGUUAAGGCGGUUCAUCAAGUCCCUACUGAUUUUGUGAUGCAGCAGCUGAAAGCUGUGUGGGACGAUGGACCACCUCAAGCUAUCAAGCUCGGCAUGCUCACCUCCGCAUCUACCGUAGACGCCCUGGCCACCUACUUUGCCCGCCUCCCGAAUGCUUCGAGUAGCAAGCCCAUCAUCGUGCUCGACCCCGUCAUGAUCUCUACUUCGGGGCACAUGCUGGUCGGUGACGAAGCUAUGGCGAGCAUCCGGAACAACCUCAUACAACAUGUCGAUUGGUUGACGCCCAACAUUCCCGAAGCGAUGGCUCUGACCGACAUGGCGGACGAGGGAGACAUGAACGUCGAGUCCCUCUUCGACAUGAUGGACAUCACCCACGAGUUGAGUGUCAAAUACAACGCACCAUAUCUGCUGUUGAAGGGAGGACACAAGCCAUGGGCCCGCCGGAAAGUCAAAAGCCUCGCCAGCGCUGCGAUGAAAGCGGGGGUGGAGCUGGUCUGGCUGGAUGACGGCGAGGGGGGCGAUUGUGUCGAAGUGCUGCAGCGGCAAUCAGGAGAGGAUGCAGACGACAACUCAUACAUGAGCGAAAAGAUGGUCGUCGAUCUGCUGCAGGAGCGGGAUUCGGAUCGGACCACCUGGUUCAUCAGCAAGUAUAUCCGGUCUUCGAGCACGCAUGGGACGGGCUGUACACUGAGCUCGGCUCUCGCUUGCUCGAUCGCGCUAGCAGCCGAGUCUGGUGCUGAUAUCUCGGCACAAGCGAUCUGUCAGCGAGCUAUCGAAUAUGUCAAGUCGUCCAUCGCAUCGGCGUACAGCUUUGGUAAGGGGCAUGGCCCUCUGAAUCACGCUCACAUGUCAUACCGCCGAGCUCUUCCUCCACCCACACCCUCCAAUCCCCACCCCUUUGUCUCGCACUUGAUCCGGUCUGACUUGCCAUUGUGGAAGUCAUACGUCCGCCACCCUUUCGUCAUCCAACUAGGGAACGGUACCCUCCCUCGCGAGUCAUUUGAGCAUUACAUCAAGCAGGACUACAUAUAUCUGCAGCACUACGCACGAGCACACGCUCUUGGCGCCUACAAAUCCACCACCUUCGAGUCUAUCUCAUACUUCACCUCUAUCGCCGCGCAUAUUGCUCGCGAAUCCUCAAUGCACGUCGCCUACUGCGAAUCAUUCGGUAUCUCCUUGGCUACCUUAGAGCAAACUACCGAAUCCGCUCCAUGUGCGGCUUACGCGCGAUACAUCCUGGACGUCGGAGCGCAGGGGGAUAUCCUGGAUUUGUACGUGGCGGUGGCGAGCUGUCUGAUUGGGUAUGGCGAGGUGGGGCUGUGGCUGCAAAAGGAAGUCAAGGCGGGACGGGGGAACAAGGAGGGGAAUCUGUAUGCCAAGUGGAUGGAGGACUAUUCAGGGAAGGAGUACCUGGAUGCCGUCGAUCGAGGCAUAGAAAAUCUCGAAAAGCUCAUUGCGGCGGAUCCGCCAAGUCCGGCGAGGCUCGAGCGUUUGACCAAGAUAUGGCAGGAGUGCGUGAGGCUGGAGCGGGACUUCUGGGAAAUGGGUCUGAAGCUGUAA